AUGCUCAAUUUUUCCGGCUGUGGUCUUCUCUUUAGCUUCGGAAUCUAUCAGUCUCUGUACGAAGAAAUGUCGCAAAAAGAAGAAAAUCCUUUCACCGGAGCGUCGUCUGCCGAGAUUGCUUUGAUUGGCAGUAUAGCCGCCGCCAUGAUGAAACUGGGGGCACCUUACAUCGUGGCAUGGACAAAAUACUACAGCCCGCAACCGGUGGUUUGUUCAGGUGGUCUGCUGUUUGGCGUUGCAAGCGUGCUUGCCAGCUUCGGGAAAGCUUUGUGGCAUUUUCAGCUCACACAGGGUUUUUUGAUAGGCAUUGCCACUUGCCUCUCCUUUAUGCCCUCGAUGACGGUCCCGCCUUCUUGGUUUGGAAGGUACAGAGGCGCUAACAUGGGGAUUAUUUCAGCUGGGACUGGCAUUGGUGGACUGGUAUGGUCUCCCAUUCUCACGGCAUCUAUCCGGAGUAUAGGGUUUCGAAAUACACUUCGCCUUACAGGCUGCAUCUGUACCGUCCUCAUUUGUGCAUCAGGUGCCGUUUUGACUUGGGAACCGAAAAUGGCCACACGUCUACAUGAAGAGAACAUGAAACUUUCUCGGGUUUCAGGGCUUAUGAAGGUUCCACUUCCCUCCCGCAACAUCGUCAGGACACGCAAAUUCUUCGCGCAAUGUCUCAAUGCUAUAUUCCAGAGCGCAGCUUAUUACACACCUAUCUUUUAUAUUGCAGCGUAUGCCAAAACUCUUGGCUAUAGCGAGCAGGAGGGCUCGAAUUUCACCUCGCUGAGCAAUGCUUGUAACGCUAUCGGCAAAAUUGGGGUCGGUUUUAUGGCAGAUAAAUUUGGGCGGCUUGAUUCGUUUUUUUUCACGACUCUUCUUAGCUCUGUGUCAACAGCAGGGCUCUGGGUCCCCAGCACGGUAAUUGGGGGGUCCGAUAGGUCGGCUGGAAAAGGUCUAUUCAUCGGCUUCACAAUGAUCUAUGGACUAUUUGCAAGCGCAUACAUUGGGUUAUUCUCGCCUGCACUGGUCGAGAUAUUUGGAAUGGAGAAUUUGCCACGUAUAACGGGAAUAAUGUACAUGCUCCAAGGCGCUGCCGGCUUUGUUGGAACGCCUGUGGCGGGUGUUUUGGUCAAGUCUCUGGGAGAGAGCGUGACGCCUGAAAAUUACUUGCAUAUGGCCAUUUUCGUGGGGGCUUUGAUGGUUGCAUCAACCCUGGCAGUGUUUUGGGCACGGAUGGAGGUUAUGAUGGAGCGCACAAAGGGAAAGUGGAAAUGGCAGUGGAAGCUGUAG